GUUAAGAAGCUUCGUUGGAAGUCCUUUGCAUACCAGAGCACAAAACAUCCAAAAAAGGAAAAAGAUGAUUCUACCAGCUGCAUUAUUCAUCAUACUUCAAGUAUUUGGUUAUCUGUGCACAAAUUCACUGGCAACACCCUUAAUAAGGUUCUACGAUGGGAAUGUAUCCUUACCACUAUACAUCACAAACGUGCAGAAUGACUACAAGUACAUCUGCCUGAGGGAUACUAGUAACUUCUUUGAAAGAGCUUGUUUGGAAACAAAUGGCACGAGGAGCUUCCGCAUUGAAUAUAGCAACUAUGAUGGUACAGAUACAGAUACAGAUGGUGAAUUUACGCAGUCCUGUGAAGGAAACAAUAAUUCUGUCAACGGCAUCGCCGUGUUAUUUGUAGUUACUGUAGUAAUUGCAGCAUUAGCUGGAAUGCUGGCCGGUGCAGUCUUGUCCUACUGGUACUUUUACGAAAUGGCUGAGGAUAGGUGUAAAAAAAACCAAGUCUCGGCUUUGUAUGAUGGUCAAAUCAGUCGACCAGGAUCCGGAGCAACAGUUCAGAGCAGACCAUCAAACGCCACAGUACAGAGCAGACCACCAAAUGCCACAUUAAGAAGGCCGCAACAUUCCAUGGUACUGAGUCCCAGAAUCAAUCUCCAAGGCAACGGGACAAUGGUAAAAGUGAAGAUGGAUACAAAGAUUGACUCACACAAUGGAUCCCCCAGGUUCAUACAAGCAAUCUUACACAAAAUGGAGCAUGUUAAAGACCAGGUCAAAGCUGUUGCACUUAGUGAGCAUAUCACACCCAAGAGAUAUGACUGCUUCAUCAUCUACUGUGGGAAGGAUUCUGCAGUCGUCAAUGGAAUCAUCAUCCCACGUCUGACCGAGCUUAAGAUUACCUACUGUGAGCACCAAGAGCACUUCAUUGCAGGACGUGACAUUUUCACCAACAUACAAGACUGUAUCUCACAGAGCAGGAAGAUACUAGCUGUAUUUUCUGAAGAUUUCUUUGCUAGUGACUGGUGUCGUAAGGAUUUGGAUAUGGCCAUGGUACAUGCUACUGAGAAGCAAAUUGAGCAUUUCAUUGCUCCAAUCAAGAUUGACGACUGUGUCAUUCCUGACAAAUAUGGUGAUUUGAAGAACAUCACUUAUUCUGAUCUAACAAGCUAUCCCAAAGACUGGGGUGAGCAGAUUAGGUGUUCCCUGGCAAGUAUCCGUGUUGCUUCAAUGGAAAUGGAAAUCUGCAUGUGUACAACAUCUGCAGAUUCCAUUUAACAGUUCUACUGCAAAUACUUGGAUGUAAUACUGAAUGUGAAAACACCAACACAUGGACUAUUCUUAGCCAAAUUGAAUGAUGAAUUGGCUAAUACCACUGUGACAGUAGUACAUCCCAAUAAGUCUCAAUAGAGCAUUGAGAAGAGAUAUCCAUGAAACUGGUAUUUUCAUGAUUCUGCUUUAAUGUCAUGUCCUAAAUGUUUCAUGACAUUAAGUCAGACACUUUGGUCAACACAAAUAGAGUCAGUAUGCUUUGACAUUUAACUUGUGGACUGCUUACGACUACAGGACUUACAUGUACAUUGUAUCUGUCUGACUGAGUGAGUUUGCCUAUUGAGUUAUGACAUAGUCUUAGUUGUUUCUGCUUGAGUUGCAGCAAUAUCUGAGUGUGUCUAUUCUGUAUCUAUACAGAAUAAUACAGAAAUCAAGCUGGAAUACUUUGAAUCAAACUCAGUUCAAAGUUUGAAAUUCAAUAUAAAAGUGUAACAUACAAUACACUCUAUAAAUGGAUGACUGUUUGGUUUCUUUUUUUGGUGGGCUUUAGAGUGCUUGCAACUGGCAAGAACUUUCUGCAGCUGGAAGUUUGUACAUAGUAUUACAUGUAUUAUACAUAACAUACAUAGUGUCAUGAAUCAUGAUCAUAGCAUAAUUACCCUCAUUUCUGCUGUUGACUAUUUUUAUGAAGAUCAUAAGCCACAGAAUUAAACCUGCAAAUGUUACAUUUAACAUAGCUUUAUGUGACAUGGGUGGGCCUUGCUGGAGUUAGGAGUUACUAAUAAGCAUUGUAGUUUCAAAGGACAUCAAUUACUUUUUAAUAAAUAUUAAUAUCAGCAAGGUGUAUAAUGUCCUUGAUAUCAAGAAACUAAUGUGUGUUAAGUAGACAAAAUGGACAAGAAUUUCCUGAUUUGUAAAUUAAGUCAAUCUAGUGGAAGAAAAGUUUUAGUGUUUGAAUUUUUUUCCCAGCAUUACACUUUCUGUGGAAACAUUGAAAAUGUUACAGUUAGUGAUACAAGAGUGCAGUUGUAUCUGCAAGGCUGUAUAUAUCAGUGCUUGAACUUACUUAUACUUUGAAUAUACUAAACUUAAAGUCAGAUAAAAUUAAUGAGAUACUUAGUAUUCAAGUCAUGACAUCAUUAUUCAGACAUGCCUUUAAGGUAUUUUGGAUAAAGUACUAGUAAUGUUCACAUCUGGUAUAUUAUUGUAUAGAAUAUGGUAUUAA